AUGCAGGGGAGACAAGGGAAGCUCGAUGGAGUUCGGCUAAGAACGGAAGAAAAACAAACGCAACAAUUGGUAGCUUAUGUCCAAGACACUAGGGGCGGUGGUAUAGGUGGAUUGACGUUCGCUCUCGCGCUAGGCGAUUGUAAAUCGCUUCAGGUCGACCUAUACGAAGCGGCUCCAAGACUUGCAGAGAAAGGCGCAGGCAUCACCCUAUGGGAACGUGGUUGGCAAAUUAUGAAGCGUCUCGGCGUUCAGGCCGACAUGGACGGCCUGCUGCAGUCGCCCCGAAAUGACACAGAAGCGCUCACCUUCGAGUUUCGUAAAGGGGAUCAAGAACCCGGAGAGUCCUUCUACCAGCUCUUCCUCAAGGGCGGUCCGAUAAACUACCACAGAGCGGAGCUUCAGAGCGUUCUUCUCAAACACAUUAGCCCUGCCUGCCGCUUCCACCUGUCUCGGAGGUUAUCGUCUUACUCUGAGCGGGAGGACGGGGUCCAUCUGAAGUUUGAGGAUGGCACCACGGCGACUUGCGAUAUUUUGGUGGCAGCUGAUGGUAUCAAAUCUGUGGCCCGAGGAAACAUGAUGGAAGAUCAGGCAAAAGCUGCUGAUGCCCAAGGGGAUGAUGCAUCUCCCUACCUUCAGUGCAUUCAACCGUUCUUCAGCGGGUCAGUUGCCUACCGCGGUUUAGUGCGAAGCUCCAUUCUACGUGAAUGCAUGCCCGAUCACCGCACUCUAACAACGCCGACCCAGUACUGGGGAAAGAACAAGCACCUCAUUGUCUACCCUAUCUCACAAGGACGGUUUGUGAACGUGGUAGCCUUUUGUUCAGAUCCAAAAACCGAAGGAACUGUGUACGAUAAACCUUGGACAAGGGUUGCAGAGAAAGAUGAGCUGCUCAAACAAUACGAAACUUGGGAGACUGAAGUCAAAGUCCUCCUGAAGUGCCUCGAUGAUCCGACCAUGUGGGCUAUCCAUGCGCUGAAACCCCUGCGAAGUUAUGUCUCUUCUCGAGUUGUUCUCAUCGGUGAUGCGGCACAUGCAAUGACGCCUCAUCAGGGCGCCGGUGCUUCGCAGGCGAUCGAGGACGCCUACAUCCUUGCUGCUCUCGUCAACAAUCCCCGUUGUACAAUAGCCUCUGUCCCCGACGUCCUUCGCAUCUACGAUAGUAUCAGACAGCCUUUCGGAAACCGUGUGCAGGCAGCCUCAAGGCACCAGGGACAAUGCUAUGAACUCAAUGGACCAGGAUUUGCCCAUAUCCUACCAGGGGAUAAAUCAGUAACAUCCGAAGCUCUUAGAACACUACUCCAGGACCUGAUCAAAGGAUGGAAUUGGCAGUGGUCUUGUUCAGCGGAAACGGACAAAGAGCAAGCUUUGUCUAAAUUGUGCGAGAUUGAUUUAAGACGAGCAGGGUAA